CUAAGGUAAUCUCUCUUAUCUAUGCUCUUAUCUAUGGGUAAUCUCCAGGUAAUCUCCAAUUUCAUUUAUUUUUGUUUAUGUGUCAAAAGUAUUUGUCUAAAAGUUUAUUGUGUUUAAAAUAUGGAUUUAAAUAUUCAGAAACUACCGGUGUUCGUAUUUCCACCAGCUUUAAAAUUCUAUCUUAAUUCAAGACAGACUCAUAAACAACUGCUGACACUGUAUAAUCCGUAUGAAUUCCCUGUUAGAUUUAAAGUUUUGUGUACAUCUCCUAAUAAAUAUACUGUGAUAGACCCAGAAGGUAGUAUUGGACCAUCAAAAUGUGUCGAUAUUGUUAUAAGACAUACAAUGCCUUUAUUAGCUCAUUGUAAUAUUACGGACAAAUUUCGAAUUACUUUGCAAGAUCAUACAACCAAACAGAAUAUAUGUCUUCAGGUAUUGGGUAAAAGGGAUAUAGAAUCUAAAUUGUUACAAGCAGAAUCCGAUACUAGUUCAAAUGAUGGUGAUAAUUUUCACUCUUUACCUCAUGCAGAAAAAGAUCUAGAUGAACCACGGAAUGUUCAGUAUCCAAUUAAAAACAUUCAAAGGUAUUUUUUAAUAAAAAUAAAAUUGAAAAUGUUUUACAUAUUAUGAAAUAUAAUUAAUGCACAUAAAAAAUAAUUAAAAUAAAUAUAUGGGUUUAUUUCAUAAGCUUGACAUAUUUCGGUAGAUACUAUCAUGCUCAGUAGUUAGUAAACACUGAAAUCUAAUACAAAUUUUUCUGUAUAUUAUGGGGAAAAGCUACCAUGUAUAUUAAU